GUGUGUGUGUGUGUGUGUGUGUGUGUGUGUAACCACGCCUACACAGUGGCUGCCAAGGCUUACCCAUGAGUUAAACCUUCUUUAGUUGGUAAUGAGGAAGGCGUGGGCUCUAGCAGUGGACACCCGAAGGCAGCAGUGGGUGAAAACAAGCAAAAUAAAGAAAAGUUUGGCUGUGAGAAGGUGCUAGACAGCCAGCCAUAGUGACGAGGAGGCAGGAAGGUCACCACCAUCACCACCACAGGGAAGAGGCGCUUCACCUCAGCAGCCUGUUGGGUCAGGUAGUGCGCAGGCAGCUGAGGUGUGCUCGCCUGUACUGUGAUGAAACCAAAGAUCGGAGGAGGCCACAGGGAGGGGGGAGAGAACUGAAAGACUGGAGGAUGGUGUUCUCACAUAACAACUGGGAUAAUGUUGUGUGGGAUGAAACUCAAGAGGCAGAGGCUAAAGCAAAAGUACAAGUAAAUUCUGAAGUCUUGCUGACGACUGAGGAGAUUGAAAAAUUGGAGCAAGAGGCAGCUGGCAAGUGGGAUGCUUUCUAUGGCAUCCAUCAAAACAGAUUCUUCAAAGACCGGAAUUGGUUGUUUACUGAGUUUCCUGAGUUGGCACCUCACCUGGCACACACCUUUCCUCAGAAACAGAAUCCUGGAGAUGCAGCCUCCCCUCCUGCAUCUCACCUCCAGAACAAUGUGCUGGACAGUGAUGGGGAGGCAACAGAAAGUGAGAAACAUAGACAGCCAUCAGAAACCAGAGAUGAAAGAAUAUCCCCACCACCACCAUCACCACCAGCACGAACCUCAGAAUCCACAGACAACACAGAGAGAACCAGUCUUACCAGUGUUCCCUGUGAGAGCAUUACUGAAUCACCACACACUUGUUCUCAGGAAAAUAGUGCAACAAAUAAUUUUCCUGGCAAAGAUGCAACAUUUCGUAUCCUUGAGGUUGGGUGUGGUGUUGGCAAUACUGUGUUCCCCAUACUGAAGACAAACAACGAGGAGGGUCUCUUUGUGUACUGCUGUGACUUCUCAAGUGUUGCUGUUGACAUUGUGAAGGAGUCUCCUGAUUAUGAUACAAAAAGAUGUCAUGCCUUUGUGUGUGACUUGUCCAGUGAGGAGUGGGAGACGCCCUUCCCUAAAGGCAGCCUAGACAUCAUUGUGUGCAUAUUUGUACUUUCUGCACUCCACCCUGACAAGUACCCACAGGUGAUCAGCAAGAUGGCAGAGUACCUGCGGCCAGGUGGCUUGAUACUGUACCGUGACUAUGGCCGCUAUGACAUGGCUCAGCUACGCUUCAAGAAGGGACGCUGCCUUACUGACAACUUUUAUAUGCGAGGAGACGGCACAAGAUGUUACUUCAUCACUCAUGAUGAAGUGAGGGAGAUGAUGACCCAAGCCGGCCUGGAGGAGGUGCAGAACCUGGUGGAUCGGCGGCUGCAGGUGAACCGCGGCAAGCAGCUCACCAUGUACCGGGUGUGGGUACAGGCCAAGUACCGCAAGCCUGCACACACUGUACCUGAUGCUCAUCCUUGAUGCUCCUGCUAGUGUGGUAGGCUGGGUGUGGUAGGCUGGAGCACAUUCAUCCCUGUUACUUUGAGGAAUGAGGUGCUUGUUACUCAGUGUAUGCAAGGUGAGUAUGGCAGGAUGUACCAUCAACUAAAGUGUCACUGAAUCAUUGCUUAUUUUUCUGCUCUUUUCAGUUUUUAACUGAACUCACUCCAAUACACUGAUAUGUCAUUAUUUCUUGUGUAUAUGGUGCUUAUUUAUUUUAUGUAUUGUGAUUGGAACUAAAAGUGAAGAAAAGACUGAAAAGCUGAGGAUUUUGUGUAAAAGAUGGUAAGUAAUGAAUGAUAGAUUUAAGUAGAAAAAAAAAAAAUUAUAUAUAUAUAUAUAUAUAUAUAUAUAUAUAUAUAUAUAUAUAUAUAUAUAUAUAUAUAUAUAUAUAUAUAUAUAUAUAUAUAUAUAUAUAUAUAUAUAUAUAUAUAUAUAUAUAUAUAUAUAUAUGAAGUCUAUAGGUCAGAAAGCUUCUUAACAUAAUUCUGAGAAGACUUUUAAAUAUUGAAAAACUGUCAAGUUUCCUUGGUUACAUAUAUUCAAGAAAAGAGGUUUAUUUCAAUUUUUACACAAUAUAGGAAAAUAAAUCAAGCAAAGUGUUAAUAUUUUGAUAAAUAAAAUGUUGACUUGUUUUUCA